AAAAAGAAGAUAAUGUUCAAAUAUAAAUAGGGACCUCAGAGAGGUGUCGAUUUAGUUCGCUAACUACCGAAGAAGAAGCCUACCUCUCUCUCUCAACGAUCUGAAGAAAUGGCACGCAAGAAGAUCAGAGAGUACGACUCAAAGAGACUGGUGAAGGAACAUUUCAAAAGGCUUUCCGGUAAAGAACUCCCUAUCAGAUCCGUUCAGAUUAACCAAGAGACUGAUCUUAAUGAGCUAGUCGAGAAGGAGCCUUGGCUCUCUUCCGAGAAGCUUGUCGUCAAACCCGACAUGUUGUUUGGUAAGCGUGGCAAGAGUGGUUUGGUUGCCUUGAAACUAGACUUCGCUGAAGUCGCGACCUUUGUCAAAGACCGCUUGGGCAAAGAGGUGGAGAUGAGUGGAUGCAAAGGACCCAUCACAACAUUCAUUGUUGAACCUUUUGUCCCACACAAUGAGGAGUUUUAUCUCAACAUUGUCUCUGAUAGACUUGGCUGCAGCAUCAGCUUUUCUGAGUGCGGAGGGAUUGACAUCGAGGAGAACUGGGACAAGGUCAAGACCAUAUCUGUGCCCACUGGUUCUUCCUUGACACCUGAGAUAUGCGCACCUCUUGUUGCUACCCUUCCUCUUGAGAUCAAAGGGGAACUUGAAGAUUUUAUUCAAGUUAUUUUCACCCUUUUCCAAGAUCUUGAUUUCACUUUCUUGGAGAUGAAUCCUUUUGCACUGGUUGAUGGAAGGCCUUAUCCUCUGGAUAUGAGGGGUGAGCUUGAUGACACCGCUGCUUUCAAAAACUUUAAGAAGUGGGGCGACAUUGAGUUCCCUAUGCCAUUUGGAAGAGUGAUGAGCCCCACAGAGAGCUUCAUCCACGGUCUAGAUGAGAAGACAAGCGCAUCUUUGAAGUUCACUGUUCUGAAUCCCAAGGGAAGGAUUUGGACUAUGGUAGCUGGAGGAGGUGCGAGUGUCAUCUACGCUGAUACGGUUGGAGAUCUCGGGUACGCAUCUGAGCUUGGAAACUAUGCUGAAUACAGUGGAGCACCCAAAGAAGACGAGGUUUUGCAGUACGCUAGAGUCGUCAUCGAUUGUGCUACAGCGAAUCCGGAUGGAAAAACCAGAGCACUAGUGAUCGGAGGUGGAAUAGCUAACUUCACCGAUGUUGCUGCUACCUUCAAUGGCAUUAUUCGAGCUCUCAAGGAAAAGGAAGCAAAGCUGAAAGCAGCAAGGAUGCAUAUAUAUGUGAGGAGAGGAGGACCAAACUACCAAAAGGGACUUGCAAAAAUGAGAGCACUUGGAGAUGAAAUCGGUGUCCCCAUCGAGGUGUAUGGUCCUGAAGCAACAAUGACAGGUAUCUGCAAGGAGGCAAUCGAGUACAUCACUGCCGCUGCAUAAGCCUUUACUCUAUUGGGUUACUUCAAAUGCGUCUUCUGGUUUGUGUUGAGACUUAUGGUUGGAUUAUAUGUUUCAUUUCUUAAGUUUAUUUCUGUAUUCAGAAUAAUCAACGAGGAUCUUUGUACUCCUUUUUUUUUUUGUUAAAUGUGAUUCUCUUUUGAUUGUCAUCAUAUCCUUGACGUUUAGAUUAAACUCCGUUAUUGAUUUGUGAUU